CACACACACACACACUCACACAUACACACACCCUGCUGCAGUAUAAAGGCUGCUGUGCAUCGUCAGCCUCCACCCUCAGGACCAGAAAACUUCUACCUGUAUUCCCACUGAGUGAAAAGGGUAAAAGACGUGUGAGAAUGACGGACCUGGAGACCUCGAUGGCGACCAUCAUCGCUGUGUUUCAGAAGUACUCAGAGAGGGAGGGAGACAAACACAAACUGAAGAAGAGCGAGCUGAAGGAGCUGCUGCACGACGAGCUGCCGGAUCUCAUGGCGCAUGUGAAGGACCAGGCGGCUCUGGACAGCCUGAUGGAGGCUCUGGACGCUGACGGAGACGCCGAGUGUGACUUCCAGGAGUUCAUGACCUUCAUCUCCAUGGUGACCGUCUGUUGCCACGACUACUUCGAACACGAGGACGAAUAAAGAGCGGGGAGCUACAGUAAAUUAUACAAUAGAAGAAGAAGCCUAGCAACGGGCAACCUGCAGGGCAUUGUGGGAAAACAAGUUACUGGUGGGGCUUGGCUGCAAAACAGAUCUGACCCACAGAUUAAAAUCCACCUUCUGUUUUAUUCUAGAGGAUAAAUGUCCAGCAAGUCUUUGUCCUACAAAGUUAUGUUCUCAAAUAACCAAACUGCACUCCUAAUAACGUUCCUAGGGAAACUUAUUGGCUCCGGGUUGCAAACACAUUGCGUUUCAGGACAAACAAAUCUACUUGGUUACCAUGGUUUGGAUUAAACAGUCAUUUAAUUGAAAGCUGAAAAGAGGCCAGUCUUUUAGGCAAACACCGAGAAACAUGCUAACAGCGACGUUCGAACACUCUUGUUGACUAUCAAAUAUUGAAAGUGAUUUGUAAGUUUGCUGUUGGGUAGAACAUGUUUUAAAAAGCAGCUUUUGAGUUCGAGCUAAUCUAGAAGCCAAGUUACAAUUAGGAGUUUACCAGAAACAUACAUUUAAAAAUAAACAGUAAAAUAAUUUCAAUUAGCUUUUUAACUGACGCUGGCUUACACCUUGGUAGGAAAGGUCAUCAUAUAUUGGAGAUUUGUUGUAAAAUUAGGUCUUUUUUGUGGAAAACAAAAGAUUAACACUAUUGGAGUCGUAACCAUUUCUAGUGUCUCGCUGCUAAAAUAACUAAAGCUGUUCAGAUUGAGUCGCUGCGCUGCCGCCUGUAGCUAACAAUGUGAUGCAACCGGCUAGAUUCAGAUGUAGCUUCACACUCUUUACAUGCAGAGAAACAUUGGAUCGGUAUAAACAUGUUGAAACAGAGUCUGAUGUUGUGUAUUUUGAAAUGUUGAAUACUGGUUAGAUGUGAAAUCAAUAAAUGAUCCGUGUGUGA